GGGCGAAGCGAGUUGGCCAAACAGCGGCAAAUCGCCACGUGGUUGAAUGUUGUGUGCCGGUUGUAGAACGUCGGUAAUAAAUCGUGAAUUCUAGAACGCAGUAUUCUAAAGCGAGGGGUGGCGAUCUUUUUUCUUUUUGCUUCGUCGAUAAACAGAUUCGCUACUUUUACCAUACCAAGUUCAAGUGUACCUGGAAGGUUGCAGAUAUAUACCGCUCGUCAAAACAGCUGUUGCGUUUUAUUUUUUUGUAAAUUUUGUUGGUGCCGCACCAUUUUUAUUGUUAUGGAUCGUGACGUUUCUCAGUUGUUCAAUAAUCGUGGAUCGUUCAAGCUAUGGCCCCGUCCCCUGUACGUCAGUUGUUAGCGUUCAGUUUACCAUCUAUUGCCAUACUGCUCAGCUAUUUGUGGUACAAAAAGAGGAGAAUUGGGCAUCGAAGUGACACAGGGGGUACAAAACCGAUCGAAGAUAAUAAUAAAGCAAUAUCGACAGCUUAUAAACUGUUGCUGGAGCCGGUGAAGGAAGACGAGAGAGAAUUGAAAGAAGAACAUAUUGAAAAACAGAGCCCAGUUGUAACGCCAUUGAAAAGGCUGGACAGAUCGUUAAGCGGCGUUGAAACCAGUCCCAUCGAUAUUGUUUAUCCGUCGGAAUUGAAACAGUCGUUUGUGGUUUCCGAUGAAGAUUUAGACGUCCAUAUAGAGCAGAUCAAAUCAAUUGGAACUGGAUGCAGUUCACCGAGCAUUAUAUCCGCCUCGCUUAGAACUCCACCUCUCAAAUCUGCUGGAAGACAGUUAAAUAAAGAUAACUUAUCCAAAACUGUGCCCAAAUUCAACGAAUCGAUCAUAUUCGAGGCCAAAGUGAUUAGUCCGUUGAAGAGGUCAGUGUCCGAACCCGCAAAGUCGACCGACAUUAGAAAUAUGACCCAGGGGAACGUCGGAUCCACGGAAAAAUCCCAAACUCCAACUAGUGCCGUUAAUGUUUCGAAUUCGGCGAAACCUCUUAGUACUAGCCAAACUAAUGCCAUACAGAAGGGCAACAAGGCGGUAUUGAAGAAAAACGCCAAGAACAGUGGAAAAAUGCAGCAAAACAUCGCUCCGAACAACGUUUCCCCAGUCCACAAUAAAAGAGAAGCUGCAGGCAAAGAAAUGCCCGUUUGCAACCUUCCAGAUGCGUGCAAAAAAGAAUCAAACUACCAGAACGGAACGAGUGUCGAAGAAUUGCGUAGACAGCAUUCCGGUCGCGAUUCGGCCAAUCACAGUCCGUCGGACGUAAUGAUGGCCAGUCCGAGCUUGAGCAGUAUAUCCGAUAAUCAUAGCGAAGGAUCCAAUGACAGCGGUAAGGGUGGCAGUGAUUUGGCGACCCCUCCCGCAUCAAGGACACCCAAUACCAUUCAACUAGUCGAGAAUGUUUGUCUGGUGUACGAGUUUACCAUUCCACAGAACUUAGUUGGGAAACUGAUUGGCAGGCAGGGCUGUUUCGUGCAGCAUAUCAAGGAUAAGACAAACGCGUUUAUUUUGGUUAAACCGCAUCCGACCAAUAACAGACUAAAGGUCUGUUCAGUAGAAGGAUUUCAGUCUGAAAUAGAUGAAGCUCUCAAACUGAUCCGUGAAAAAUUUCCUUUAAAAAAAUACCCGGAUGUUACAUUCGAGCAAGUUACUUUAAGUCCAUUGGUUCCUACAGUGCCUCUCAUUCCGGAUCACUUAUAUUUGAAACUAGUAGAAGGUAUUAACAAUGACACAAUACUGAGCUGCAUGGUGACGCCCAACCAUCUGUUUAUGCAACAACCGACGCACCCUUCGUACCCCAACCUGAACGUCCUCGCGAGCUACAUGAACGGCUGUUACACAGAGAACGACUCGCCCUUGCUACCCACUCCUAUACCAGAAAACACGAUAUGCGCCGCCUAUUCGGUGGACUCGUGGUGCAGGGCAAUAAUACUAUCAUCGGAUGAGGAGUCGGAAACCUCCUAUGUCAAAUUUCUGGAUUACGGCGGUUACGCGUGCGUCGAAAACGACAAGUUACGGCAGAUCAGGCAGGAUUUUAUGCUGCUACCCUUCCAAGCGUCUGAGUGCUUUUUGAGCAACGUUAAAGCCAAAAGUGAGGAUGGAACGUGGGCACCUCAGGCCUACGAUUUGGUCGCGGACAUUACAAGAGGCUCCAUUAUUUACACGCAAAUCGCGGACUACACCCCAGAAGGGAUCCCCUUAGUGCUGUGUUACGUAGUUUCCGGACCCAGGGACGUAGUCUUUUUGAACCAAAGGCUUGUUGACGAGGGCUUCGCAGAAUGGGUGAGCUUUGAGGACUCGUCUAAGGCUGAACCCGCGACAGCAACCGUUACGGCGUAAAUCAAAUUUUCUGUUUUCCGAUGUUUUUUUUUAUUUAUGUUAAUCGCGCAGGUGAGUGUCGGACCGUUUUGGGUGUGACGCGUUCAAUAGUUAUCUUCCAAAUUUACGAUGCUUCAUUUCGUUUUCGAUUGUACAUUUAGAUCCUUUAAGUAUUUUUAGAAACUUAACGUUUUUGAGUUAGCACUUAAGAGUUUUUAUUAUAUUAUAUACGAUUAGUACAUUACGUUGUUAUUCUUGAUGCACUUUUAGUGGAAACGACUAGUGAGUUAAAACGACUGAUGUUGAUGUAGUUGAACCGUGGUGGAUUAAUAAAAAGUAUAUUAGAGGUACGGGCGACUAAGAGUUGGGAAUUUCUGGUUUUGUUUUGUUAUUAUUUUGGGAAGUUAAAAUAUUUUGGUGGGUAAGCAUCUUUUGUGGGUUUUAGUGCCGUGUCCUGCAAUUUCAAAGCCUUAUUUGUUGCAAUUGAAAAAACGUUACACUUUUAAUUUUCUCCAUAAAUGAAAAACUGUACUAAAAAUGUUUACAUUUUUAUAUAACUUUGCAGACUGUACUCUUCCUAUUAGGUUAACCUAUUCAUGCCAACUACCACCAAUAUAACCUAAUUUGGUAAAAUCAUGAAUUCAAUUAGCAUUAAAAAAUCUUGAUUAGUUUUUUCUAAAAUAUGCUGCAACAAAACCGUGGUAGAACAACUAAUUGGAGAAUUAAGGGAUGAUGCUUCAGGUGCUCUCGGAAAAAAAGGUUGUUGCCCGUACAAGUAAACAACUUUAACUGCAUUGUUUCUUUUGUUUUUUAAUUUGUGAUAAUUUCAUUCAUCGCUGGGCUGUAUUGUAUUAAACUCAUUAAUCGAUUCUGUAAUGAUUAUUUUUAAUAAUGGAAAAUCUAGCGAAAAGAAUAGAAGAGGACAUUGGUUUUUAUGGAUUGAGAUUGAAAAUAAGUACCGAAAAUAUCACUAUGUAUUUAUGACAAAAUUUGUUUUAUCCACAUUUAGCCUUAAUUUGGAGGUUUUAAGCUUAGCUCCCUAAUUAGUGAAUUGUUUUUUUUUUGUUUUUUUUUGUAUAUAUUAUUAAUUAUUAAAUUAUACUUUUUUUUGGUAUUGCUUAUUAUUGUCUUAGCACAAAAAUGUUACUAGUAUAUCCUAAUAUCCUAGACAUAUUAUAUGGUCUCUUUUCAGGGUUUCACUUUGAAUUGUUAAGAGGAGUUGGUUGAGCGGUUCGAAAAAUAUCUGAGGCAGUAAGACCCUUUAAUGUGUCUCACAAACUCUAAAGAUCAGUCAAAUGCGAUAAUCACGUGUUUUCUUUGAAAAAAGGCUUCUAGUGAUUAUCGUUGCCUGCGUUUUCGGAUAUCGACUAAAUCUAUGUUUUUGGGACACAGUUCUUUGUACACUUUUGUUUCUAUGGAAAAUAUAAAAAUGGAUUCUUCAAGAAGACAAAGAAACUUUGUAAAUAUUCCAAAGGGGUGUUUAAAUUUGCAGAACGAAUGCAUCAAAGGUAAUUUAUGUACAUUUGGAAACAUGUGGAAGUUACAGUUAAUUUUGUUUUAGUUGAUAAGACUUCGAUUACACAGUAAACCUCUUCCUAAUUUGUUUGAACCAUUGGAGAAUCAAUUGUGGAAAUGUGAUGACAUAUUUUUAGUAAGGCUUCAUUUUGUCGGCCUACUACUCUGUGGAGGUUUGAAUUUUAAAAACGGUGUUUUCAAAAAAUUUCCUUUUUUGAAAUUACUAUUUUUUAAUUCAUAUAAGCUGGCCCUGGCGCCUUUUUAAACAACCGUUGUAUUUAUACGUAGUGACCAUGAGUCACCACGUACAAAUAAUCAUAUCAGAGAUGGCAUCACAGGGCUAGCUUGAAUAUUGUCAUAGAAAAUAACCUAACAAAAUACAAUUGCAAAUAUUUUGUUUUGCCAUAUUCUCAAAUAUUCGACUUGGUGUCAAUAAAGGGUAGAACGGGAGGGACUUACUAAUGCACGCAUGCUUGUACAGUAUUUGUAUUUGUAUUGAAGGACUAAAAAGGAGUCAAAAUAGUAUUUGGAUUUGAAUUGUUAUGGAAAAUUUUUACAAAGUUUUACUUAAGUGGACACAAAUAUUGCAAAUGCCUAAAAAUAAAUAACAUUUAAAACAAAAGUACACUUGACUAUUGAUUAUUUUCAUUUCUCAUUAAGAAAUAUAAUCACAAGUACUACUAAGGGGACAAUUUUUUAAUGUAAUUAAAACCAUUUUGCUUGGAUAAAUGCCCUGCAUUUUAAUAUUUUUAAAGAAAUUUUAAAUUUCCUUUCGUUUCUUUUUAUUUAAUUAAACUCUUUGAGAACAUAGAAUAUAGUCAAAAAUGUCUAGGGCCAACAAAAUCGGGUGUCUUGUCUCUGAAGUGACAACAGGUUCAGCUUUGUAUCUAAUAUUCCGUUUUCUGCUGUGCAGAAUCUGGAUGCUUUUGUUGGAAUCAGAGCUGAUUAGAAGUUACCACUUUUUAUUUCCUACCGCUCAACCCCAUCCUAAUAGCCAGUUAAAAUAUUCUUGAUAUCUAUUUUGAUUUCAUAGUAAUUUUUGUAUAUAUUUAGGUUUCUUGUACUAUAACAAAUUUUUGGAUUUCAUCGUAAUAAUAUAUU